GACAUCAUCUCACAGACACAUGUCUACAGAGAGGACACACAGGGAGAGGACAUCAGCUCAGAAAUACAUGUCCACAGAGAGGACAGGCAGGAAGAGGACAUAAUCUCACAGACACAUGUCCACAGAGAGGACAGGCAGGAAGAGGACAUCAUCUCACAGACACUUGUCUACAGAGAGGACACACAAGGAGAGGACAUCAGCUCACAGACACAUGUCCACAGAGAGGACACACAGGGAGAGGACAUCAGCUCACAAACACAUGUCUACAGAGAGGACACACAGGGAGAGGACAUCAGCUCAGAGAUACAUGUCCACAGAGAGGACACACAGGGAGAGGACAUCAGCUCAGAGAUACAUGUCCACAGAGAGGACAGGCAAGAAGAGGACAUCAUCUCACAGACACAUGUCUACAGAGAGGACACACAGGGAGAGGACAUCAGCUCAGAAAUACAUGUCCACAGAGAGGACAGGCAGGAAGAGGACAUAAUCUCACAGACACAUGUCCACAGAGAGGACAGGCAGGAAGAGGACAUCAUCUCACAGACACUUGUCUACAGAGAGGACACACAAGGAGAGGACAUCAGCUCACAGACACAUGUCCACAGAGAGGACACACAGGGAGAGGACAUCAGCUCACAAACACAUGUCUACAGAGAGGACACACAGGGAGAGGACAUCAUCUCACAGACACAUGUCCACAGAGAGGACACACAGGGAGAGGACAUUAGCUCAGAGACACAUAUUCACCUCGAGACUGAGGGAGACACCGAGCACUCUUUUGACACUGACAGUGAUGAAGACUGGAGUGCUCCAAUCGGCUCGUCAGCUGCAGAGAUGGAGACAGAUGCAGAUGGAGACAACUACAACCAAGUCCAGAUCAGAGCCAAAAGCACCACUGCACCAAACUCAAGUCUAUCCCCCAAAUACAAGUCUGCACCAGAGACCAGAGCCACUGUGGACAAUGGGGACGUGUCAGGAACAGCUGAAAGAACUGCAGGCAAGAAACACCAGUGCUCUGUUUGUAAAAAGAGAUUUGUCUUAAAAAUCAAUUUAAAAAGACACUUUCGAGUUCACAAAGGAGAGAAACCUUAUUGCUGUUCUCUCUGUGAGAAAGCAUUUAUUCAAAAGAGUCAUCUCACAAAACACAUGAGAAUACACACAGGAGACAAGCCUUACAGCUGUUCUGUCUGUGAGAAAGCAUUUGCCCUUAAAGCUUAUCUCACACAACAUGAGAAAACACACACAGGAGAGAAACCUUACAGCUGUUCUGUCUGUGAGAAAGCAUUUACUGAUAAGCGUAGUCUCACAAAACACAUGAGAAUACACACAGGAGACAGGCCUUACAGCUGUUCUGUCUGUGAGAAAGCAUUCACUCAAAAGAGUAAUCUCACAUACCACAUGAGAACCCACACAGGAGACAAACCUUACAGCUGUUCUGUCUGUGAGAAGGCAUUUACCCUUAAAGCUUAUCUUAAACAACACAAGGGAACACACACAGAUGAGAAACCUUACAGCUGUUCUGUCUGUGAGAAAACAUUUACUGAUAAGCGUAAUCUCACAAAACACACGAGAACACACACAGGUGACAAACCUUACAUCUGUUCUGUUUGUGAGAAAGCAUUUACUGAAAAAGGUACUCUCACAUACCAUAUGAGAACACACACAGGAGACAAGCCUUACAGCUGUUCUGUCUGUAAGAAAGCAUUUACUCAAAAUGGCCAUCUCACGCAACACAUGAGAACACACACAGGAGACAAACCUUACAGCUGUUCUCUCUGUGAAAAAGCAUUUUCUCAAAAGAAGCAUCUCACACAACACAUCAGAACACACACAGGAGAGAAACCUUACAGCUGUUCUGUUUGUAAUAAAAGAUUUACCCAGUGCACCGAUAUGAAAAGACAUAUGAGAAGUCACACAGGAGAGAAAUAGGUUGAACAGAUUGUGAUAGAAGGUUUUGGGCUGGGUUUAUGUGUUACAACAACAGCCAGUUUAAAAUGAAGAUGAAAUUCGGUGAUAGAAUGUACUGUUAAGACAAAAAAAAAGGGGUGUGCUUAAUAUUUGUGUAAUUACUCAGCCGAUUUUACUUUAAACUAAAACAACUUAGGCAAGAUUGUUAUGUUUGUGGAGCCAUGGUUGACCAACAGCUACAUUUCUAGUUUGAAAUGUAUGCAGUUUGUAUCCAUUAUGUUCUCUCUUUAUUUCUC